AUGACUCGUUCAGUGCGGGAAAUCGUUCACCUUCAAACCGGUCAAUGUGGUAACCAAAUCGGUGCCAAGUUCUGGGAGGUCGUCUCCGAAGAACACGGUAUCCAAGCCGAUGGUUCAUACAAAGGUACCACCGAUAUCCAACUUGAACGUAUCAACGUCUACUACAAUGAAGCCGGUUCUGGUAAAUACGUGCCCAGAGCGGUCCUCAUCGACUUGGAGCCUGGUACAAUGGACUCUAUCAGAGGUGGUCCAUUAGGUAGUUUGUUCCGACCUGACAACUUUGUCUUCGGUCAAAGUGGUGCUGGUAACAAUUGGGCUAAGGGUCACUACACUGAGGGUGCUGAGCUCAUCGACUCGGUCCUUGAUGUCGUAAGACGAGAGGCUGAGGGAUGUGACUGUCUUCAAGGUUUCCAAAUCACCCACUCCCUUGGUGGUGGUACUGGUGCCGGUAUGGGUACUCUCUUGAUCUCUAAGAUCCGAGAGGAAUUCCCCGAUCGAAUGAUGUGUACCUUCUCCGUCGUUCCUUCUCCUAAGGUCUCCGACACCGUCGUCGAACCUUACAACGCUACUCUCUCCGUUCACCAAUUGGUUGAGAACUCCGACGAGACCUUCUGUAUCGAUAAUGAAGCUCUUUACGAUAUCUGUAUGAGAACUCUCAAACUCAACACCCCCACUUACGGUGAUUUGAACCACCUCGUCUCAGUCGUCAUGUCAGGUGUUACCACCUGUCUUCGAUUCCCAGGUCAAUUGAACUCCGAUUUGAGAAAAUUGGCCGUCAACAUGGUUCCUUUCCCUCGUCUUCAUUUCUUCAUGGUUGGUUUCGCCCCUCUUACCGCCAGAGGUUCAGCUUCUUACAGGGCUGUCACCGUUCCUGAACUCACUCAACAAAUGUUCGAUGCUAAGAACAUGAUGGCUGCUUCCGAUCCUCGACACGGUCGAUACCUUACCGUUGCUUGUUACUACCGAGGUAAGGUCUCAAUGAAGGAGAUCGAAGACCAAAUCCAAGCUGUUCAAACCAAGAACUCUGCCUACUUUGUUGAAUGGAUCCCCGGAAACAUCUCUGCUGCUCAGUGUGACAUCCCUCCCCGAAACCUCAAGAUGUCCUCCACCUUUAUCUGCAACUCCACUUCCAUCCAAUCCCUCUUCAAGCGAAUUGGAGAACAGUUCUCUGCGAUGUACCGAAGAAAGGCCUACGUCCACUGGUACACUGGAGAAGGUAUGGACGAGCUCGAAUUCUCCGAAGCCGAGUCCAACUUGCAAGAUCUCGUUUCCGAAUACUUGCAAUACCAAGAAGCAGGUGCCGAUGAUGAGCUUUACGGUGAUGAGGAAAUCCCCAUCGAAGAAGAAGAGGUAUAA